AUGGACUCCGGACUAGGAAAGGUUGUUAACACCUACAAAUACUAUGUUUGGCUUUGUCUGGAGCCGCUUGUUCGUAAUCAUUUCCUAAACAGACCUUUCAUUGCUUAUGCUAUUGCCAUGACAGAUCCAUCUUUUGAGUUGCCGGUUGCUGCUUCUCUGUCCAAGUUGGCUUUAAAGUCAUGUCUCUGCUUUCCAGCGAACUUCAUGCUGGUGGACCCGAGUCCAGUUUCGGUGGUUCUGGUCUGGAGGGCUUGGGUACGUUUUGACUUUAACCUUCUCCUCUCCUUUUUACACGGACUAGCAUCUACGCGAUCGCCGGUGCCGUUGACGACCACUCACUCGCUAUAUGGUUGGGCCAAUGAAAGCCUGCUAGACCUCGUAUUUGUGGAUAUCUUCGUUUUGAACUUGGAAGCCGAGUUGUCUAUCUACCAACAAAGAAAAAAACAUCUGUACUGCGGUGUCGGUGGUGUAAGUAGUGCUGGGGCACCUCGCUCCUCUGCAGCUGGGGUGCUUGGUGGAGAUAACGACUUUGAGACAACAGCGGCUCUCACAGCCACAUUCAAUUUCACAGGCACCUCCGCCGCUGCCAGCGGUGCCACAAUGCAAGAAUGUUUCAUCCAGGUUCCCAUAUCUUCGGCACGACUGAUACCUCAAUUGACGGGAUCAGGCAAAUGUCUAAUAACAUAA